AUGUACUUCUCUCCAACAGAUUUCCAAAAGCCAUUCACAGUUGACAAGAGCAUGAAUGAAUCAUCGCCCUCUAUUGUGCAACGCAUUGCAAGGGAGCAACAAAAGAAGACACCUCCAACCAAUGAACCAGCAUCAAAAGUGGAGGUUAAUGUUGAAGAAAUUCCAACAACUGUGAUAUAUGUGAACAACCAAGAGGACGGUCCUAAGGAUCUUGAGAUUGAAAUUGUGGAGGUCAAGAACACAAUGGUUAAAGGCGUACAUGUGGAUGAUCACAUGGAUACAGUUGAGGUUGUUGAAGCUGAGCAUGUGGAUUAUUUGACUGUGCAAGUUACCAGAGCCGAGGCCAAGGCCGCCGCCGCCGCAAGACAGGCAAAAAUAAAGGAAGCCAAGGCCCGUGACGCCCCCCAGCAGCCGAAGUCCAAAAGGAAAGAAAAGGCGGGCCCGUCCUCUGAGACCCCGAGAAAGAGGCCCAGGGUGGAGGGGUCGACUGCCGAGGCUGUCCAAGCCCUCGCUGCUCCCAGAGACGGUCUGGCUCAAGGUCCUCCGUCCGCCACUGCCUCCCGAGGCCCGAAGGUCCCGUCGUCGAGGGCCGAGGUGGGGUUCAUCCCAGAGUGGUCGGUUAAAGAAGACGACUCUCUGACCGUCGGACGGGUUGCCAGAGAGUUGGUGACGAAGGGAAGUCUCCCCCGAGACGCCACAGAAGCCCAGAAGCAAGGGACGGCGGCGCUGCUCACCUCGGCGUGCAUCUUCAUGGCAGGGGCUCAGAACCAGAUGGGUCAGCUGGUCCUCCGAGCCGAGGCCAUGAGUCGGGAGCUCGAAGCCAGCGAGAGGGAGAAGGUCUCCCUAGACAACGAGCGCUCCAUCCUCCUCGAGAAGGUGGAGCACCUGGAGUGCGAGCUAGCCCUCGAGCGCCGAGAGUGCGAACGGAAGCUCUCGGAGUUGAAGUCGCAAAUGAGGGCACGCCUUCUGGAAGCCGAAGUCCGAGGGGUCGAGAAGUAUCGAGUCUCCGAGGCCUUCAAGGAGGAGAUCACGAACGCCAUCGCCCCAGGGUACACCAUGGGUGCUACCGAGGUCCGAGACUGGGUCCUCGGGCACUACCCUGGGGUUUCCUUUGCCGACAGCGGCCUCGUCUUUGAGGACGACGAUGUGGAGGCGGUGCCAUCGGCCACCGAGGUUGCCGACGCCGACGGUGGAGGCGGCAGCGAGGAAGGUGAGAUCCAGCUGCAAAGGGAAGUCCCUCCGACCCCUGGUCGUGGGGGUUCGGACCAGGAGGCACUCCCCGCCGAAGACGAGGCCGUGAACCCGACAGAUGCUCCUUAAGGUGGCCUCGGCUCUCAGCGCAGCCUACC